AUGAUUGAGACGGUUAAGCACCUGAUUGGCUCCGGUGGCUCCAGCGGCUUCGGCUCAAGAUCCACCGCAGAUCAAGUCACACUUAAUUCUGAUCUCCGAUCUCUCACUGCCAUCAUCACUGGCGCAACGUCAGGGAUCGGAGCGGAGACGGCGCGUGUUCUUGCUAAGCGUGGCGCGAGGCUCAUACUUCCGGCUCGGAGCGUCAAAACCGCCGAGGAAACAAAGUCUCGUAUCCUCUCGGAGUUUCCCGAUGCAGAGAUCAUCGUCAUGCAUCUCGAUCUCAGCUCACUUUCCUCCGUUCGUAGAUUCGUCGCCGAUUUCGAAGCUCUUCACCUCCCUCUCAACAUCCUCAUAAACAAUGCCGGAAAAUACGCGCACAAGCACGCCAUCUCCGAGGACGGUGUGGAGAUGACGUUCGCCACUAACUAUCUCGGCCAUUUUCUGCUGACAAAACUGUUGUUGAAGAAGAUGAUCGAAACGGCGGCACAAACCGGCGUUCAAGGACGUAUAGUCAACGUCACGUCGGUGAUCCACAGCUGGUUUUCCGGCGAUAUGUUGCAAUAUCUCGCCGAUAUAUCAAGAAACAAUAGAAAUUACGACGCGACGCGAGCUUACGCUCUCUCCAAACUCGCCAACGUUCUUCACACCAUAGAGCUAUCACGGAUUCUCCAAAAGAUGGAUGCUAAUGUAACGGCCAACUGUGUUCAUCCUGGAAUCGUGAGAACCCGACUAACAAGAGACCGAGAAGGCUUCAUCACAGAUUUGGUGUUUUUCUUGACCUCCAAGCUAUUGAAAUCUGUUCCUCAGGCAGCAGCAACGACAUGUUACGUGGCAACAAGUCCAAGAUUGAGGAACGUGAGUGGCAAGUACUUCUCGGACUGCAACGAAGCACGGACAUCUAAAUUCGGAUCGUGCAGUCUUAAAGCUCAAAGACUUUGGACUGCUUCUCAGUUGUUGGUUUCUCCAUCGUCCACUCUUAAUGUUUACAAAACAUUUCACUCUUUCACCAACGAUCCUAUUUGUAAAUCCCAAGCCAUAUAA